AUGCGACGGAGCGAGACGCGAUGGAUGACGUCGUCGGAGACCCUGCUCGCGCGCGCGUCGACGGGUGAACGGCGGCGAAGUGCGGGGAGACGACGGCCGGGCGAUGGGGCGACCGAGGGCGACGGCCGGGACGACGGCGAGGGGUGGUGGCGACGCGGGACGCGCGAGGCGGCGGCGGCGCGAUCGAGGAAGGAUGGGUCGAUGAGAGGGACGAGCGAGAGAUGGAGGCGGGGACGGAGUCGCGCGCGAUGGAUCGCGUUGGUCGCGCUCGCGUGGACGCUCGGACCGUUCGCUCGAAAGGUGGUGGACGGAUUCACAAAGGUGUACGUGCGACGGUGGAUGUAUCCGAUAGAGCGGCCGAUACCGUGCGGGAUGGACGCCGCGGUGCCGAGCGGGUUAGUCGAUCGAGAGCCCCUGAGCGGGUUGCCCCCGGCGGAUAUGACGAAUCUUCCUGGGUUGCGGCCGAAAAAGCUCAAGGGCGGGAUAAUAUCGCUGUGCGACAGCGGCGUCGAGGCUAUUUGCGCGCAGUCGACGGCUAAUAAACAGGCGUACGCGGAUAUACACGGUUACGAUCUUAUCGUCGACGAGGACAUCGUCGAUCGAAGCAGACCGACGAGCUGGAGUAAGCUCUUGGCGAUGCGCAAAUAUCUCCCGGAGUAUGAUUUUUUGUUCUACAUGGACAUCGAUACCAUCGUGAUGAACCCCGAGAAGCGGUUGGAGGACAUCGUAGACUUUAACUUCGAUCAAGUCCUCGCUGCGGAUAAGAACGGGGUGAACUGCGGGAUGUGGAUGGUGCGAAACACGCCGUGGAUGCUGUGGUUUGUUGACGAACUCUGGGCACAGGAACAGCUCGUAGCGCCGAAGAACGUGUGGAACAUGCUCUUCAAGUACGAGCAGCGCGCGUUUCAUCACCUCUACGCGUCACAAAUUUGGCGCAAGGUCGUGAAGGGACCGAUCUAUCCCAAGGCAAACACCGUUCGAGCGAGGACCAAGGUGGUGAAUGCGUGCGUAUUCAACUCGCAACCAGCGUUUUACGAACCCGGCGACUUUGUCGUCCAUCUCGCCGGGCUCAAGGGGACGGUCAAGUGCAUGUGGUUCAGCCACUACUACAAGCAAGCGCUAAAAACUAUACGAAAGAAAGGCAUCAUCUCUCCCGAUGCCGAUCUUCCGCCUCCCAGUCUGUGGACGUGUCUCACAAAAAACACAUAA